AUGUUUCUGCCUCCGGAAUUUGAUUACCAUUUAUCAGCUGCCGAGCAGAAGCAGAUUGAAAAAUUAGUUCCACUGCACCAGGCUAAAAUUCACAUGGCUUUUCGCGCUCAAGUCAUGGUAAUUGCUAAAGAAUUACCGAAUUCUAUUGUAGCUCUUUCUGAGCACAUGAUAACCAUCUGCGUACCUGGAUUUAUCAUGAAAUCAUACAAACUUUUUGAUACUUAUCAUCUGUUUGAAAUUCAGUCGAUACAUACCGUAAAUGAUGAUAUGGCCAGGUUCGAUUUUGAUGACGAUCUUGUUGUAUACAUCACAACGCCAACGUGCAUGCGUUUCGUUAGAAAUACAAUUCGUAAUUUUAUUCUUGCCAAUCCUUCCUUGCCUGCUGCCUUGCGUUUCAAAUUCAAAACCCACAAUGCCUCGUUCUUCCCACCAUUCCAGCCACCAUUAUCUCCAUCCCAAAUCUUCCAAUUCACUUAUAAUGCUUAUUGUUCUUAUUACGAGACAACUUACUACCACGAGGUUCCCAUGUAUUUCCACCAACUUUUAAACACCGGAAAUAGCGUUUUCGAUUUCACCCAUCUUCCUUUCAACGUAAUCGAGUGCAGUAUGGGCGAUGCCGCCGAAAUCCGACCAAUUACAUCAGCCCUGAUGUAUUGCCCAUACAUAUUUGGCGUUACUUGCAGUAAUUUCUCCCGACCAGAUAUUGUCAAACAUAUUGCAACGCUUGUAGAAGUAUCUGCACUCAGAUUGAUCCGUCUCGUUGACUGCGGAGCAGAAAAUGGCUGCUUAGACCUCGCAGAAGCCAUGCGUGACGCUCAAAAUCCCAAUGUUAUUUACUGGGAUUUAAGUAACAACAAUAUGGAAGACAUUGGAGCUUUCAUAGCAGGCCUUGCUUACUAUAGAGCCGAAGUACGAGCUCUACAUCUCAAUAAUUGCAACCUGAAAGCCGAUGAUAUCACAGAACUAUUCAAAUCCCUCCAUAAGAACAAAUACCUCCAGAAAAUACAUCAGCUCUCUUUGAUUGGCCAAGCGCUAACCGCCGAGCAUUGCAACCAGUUUUGCGAUUGGUUGAUCGACGAUCUUGACGACGAGAAGAAGUAUCCAGCUCUCAAAGCGCUCGCUAUCAGCAAAGUCGCUGAAAUUGAACAAAUCAUUGUUUCUUUGAUCCAAAUUGAUUGCCAAUUAACAAGAUUAACAAUUACCGAUACAAACUUUACAGAAUCUGCUGCAAUGAAGCUUGUCGAGCUCAUUAAGAAGCAGAAACGCUUCAAAUCACUUUCUCUUGACGGAUCUACCAUUCCAAUCGAAUGUUUCAUGCAUAUUAUCGUUAACAUUGGAAUGGAAGAGAAUAUACAGAAGGUCGAGCUUUCUCUUGCAAGAAUGAACUUAACAGGACCCAAUUUCGCUAUAUUAAUGGGAAAUAUUUUCGCAACCUUACAACUCAAGUUGACAUCUCUCAAUUUGGAUGGUAACAACUUGAACCACGAGGACCUCUAUAUCCUUACAUCCCAUCUAAAUGACAUGUUGUACCUUGAAGAUUUAUCCAUCUCAUAUAAUUUCACGGAAAAGACCGAAAACUUGGCUCACAACCUAUGCACAAUUGCUAUUAAUCCACGAUUACGCUCAAUUACGAUGCGCGGAGACCAAACUCAUAAGGUUAAUCAGUCAAUUAUUCCAUUCUUCAAGCAACUUGGUCUUUCUCGGACCAUCCGUUCAUUAGACAUCUCAUUUAACGAUAUACGAGACCCAGGACUUGAAGCCUUGGCUAAUUUGAUUGACGAAUCUAAGACAUUACAACAAGUCUUUGCAGAUGGCUCCAAUCCAUCAUCGUUCAACUUCAUUGAGAAGUAUCUCAUCAGACUUGAAGUCGACGAAGAGUUAAUUUCCGCUCCUUUGCCUUUAGAAGAUAUCUUCGAAUCAAUUUCGAAACGCGGCAACUCCGAGCGCAAGAAACUCCUUUCCGCGGUCACCAGGCACCAGAAGAAGCUCGAGGACGUUCUUCUCGUCAACAGAGCCAAAAUCGGAAUGCAUUCCGAAAUGUCUCUAUUAAAAGACGACGAACUCCAAGAUAUCCUCGAUGCAUCAAUAGUUGCAGUUCAAGCUCUUCUCAACGGUGUCCAUUUGACACAACACCUCGCAAUUACCGAAAUUGUCGGUUUGCCACUUCCAUUUGAACCUCCAGACACAGACACCAAAUCCAGUGUUCCUCAGGCUGCAUCACCUGAUGCACAGAAAGAGGAUUACGUCGAUCCGAUGAUGAUGUCACACAUAAGCGAAGGAGUUGAUGAUUCCAUGGACAUGUUCAAGACAUUGCAGUUCAACUCUCUUCUGAUCAGGAGGCCGAAUGCAAACAGGAAGUUCGUCAAAGGUGUUUUGAACAUAAAUGAUGAGAAUGACGAUGAUGAUGACUACUACGAUGACGACGAAGAAGAUUCACUAGAUCAGCCGAAAAUUAAAGCAAGUAUGUUUGUUGCUCCUGCUGCAUUCGAAGGAGAACAUCAAGAUGAACAACCUGUUCCUACUGAAAUGCCUUCUUUCUUACCUCCUCAAUAA